UACAAUACUUCAACAAACAACAAAAACAAACAUUCUUGGUCCUAUUGCAAAAUCAUAACAGCUACGAUCUAUUAUUAAUUUCAGUACAUCAUGUCCGGAAAUCCAACAGGCAGCAGCACUAUACCAUCGCGUUGGUCGCUACGAGGACGCAACUUUGUCGUGACCGGGGGAUCCAAAGGGAUCGGAAAAGCCGUCGUCCGAUCGCUUCUGAACCACGAAGCGAGUGGCGUCUUGUUUUGCUCCCUAUCGCCCUGCGAUUUCGACGCAUACACCUUAUCGCUAGGACUCGAUCCGGCGUUUUCCUACGCACCCGGGAACAGCGACGGCUCACCCAUCCUGAAGCACGUGGCAUGCGACAUUUCUACAGAGGGCGGACGCAAAAUUCUCGUGGAAGCCGCUAAGGAAGUCUUUGGAACUGAGGCAUCCGUCCACGGCCUCGUCAACAACGUCGGAAUCAACGUUCGAAAACCCAUCCUGGAACAGACGCCAGAGGAAUACCACGCAAUGAUGCGCACCAACGUCGAGGGAGCCUACUUUUUGUCACGUAUGUUCUCGAAUCUAUUUUCCUCCGAGGGAAGCACAAUUGUCAACGUCUCGUCGGCAGCGGGGGUCCAAUCGAGCGGUACCGGAGCCGUCUAUGGAAUGACCAAGGCAGCGAUCAACCAGUUCACCCGCAUAUUGGCCUGCGAAUGGGCCGGUCGGAACAUUCGUGUCAACGCCGUGACACCGUGGAUGACGGUGAGUUCUAUUUUAUAUGUGUUGUGUGUUAAUGUCCAAGCGAAAGAGAUAGAGUCAAACCGAUUAUAAGAGGGGUUACCUCGUAACUUUUACAGCUAGGAUCUCACUCGUACAACUUGAUUCGCUCUGUUUUGAUUUUGGUGCGGUUUGCGUUGCAUUGCGUUCAUUUUGAAAUCCAUCUGUUCAUUUCAUGCCACACAUUAAAAAAACAAUAUGCAAACUAUACUGUAACUUAUUCGCCCAGAUGACACCAAUGCUCAAGGAGGCAGUUGCAAAGAACCCAUCCCAGCUAGACAAAGUGGAUGCGUGGACACCGAUGGGUCGGUUGGCGACAGCGGAAGAGGUUGCGGAUCCAAUCGUAUUUUUGUGUUUGCCUGCAUCGAGCUACAUCACGGGGCAGGUUUUGGGAGUGGAUGGCGGUUUGACAGCACAGGGAUUCAAUGGGCCAACCUGCGAGACGUAACUCAGAAUAAGGAUGAUAACUCAAUGUAUCUUUGCUUUGACACACUAGUAAUCUUCAAUAGCGAAGCUCCUUGACAGAAAUGAACAUGUAUAGAGAAA